GUUAAUAUGACUGGUGCAGGUAACCCGAAUAAAACUGAUGCAAACAACAAAUUGAAUGUAGCUGGUACAGACGAAUCGGAUAACAAGAACUCAACAACUGAUCAAUGGGGUUUUUUUCAUGCUUUUUGGCCAAGGAUUAAAAAAAAGAAGGAUCAAUGGGAUUUUUUUCAUGAAUUUUGGUUAGGGAUUGAAGGAGAGAAAUCACAGAAAUUAAAAUUAGAAGAAGAAAUACUCAAUCUAAAAAGAAGAGAACUGUUGAGACAAUAUAUAUCACUUGCUACAAUGGCUCCAUUUGCAGUACUUAUGGCCAUUAAACUAGAAGCAGCGUGCAGUGAUAUGGUGCUGUUAGGCCUUAUAAACAAUGCACUAAAUCACACGGUUAUACCCUUCACGGCUUUAUCUCUUAUUUGCACGUUAUAUUUAAUUUAUAAUAGCAGAAAAAUAAAGAAAAAAGAACAAGAAUUAAGAAAUAUUGAAAAUAAGGAGGAAAUAGGAAAAAGUGAUGUUCCUUACAGUAAAGAUGAUUAUGUGAACUGUGUUGAUGCUUUCACAUCUACGUUAGUUAUUUUAGGUGGCAUAAUUAGUCAAGUAUCGGGACAAGAUAUAAUAGAAGAUUCGAUCCUCUUAUUUUCAAACAUAGUUGGUUUUUGCAUAGCCUGUGCUUUCUUGCAUAGUGAAUGCAAAAAACUCAAGGAACAAACUUAUGAGAAAUCUGACGAAAAAACUAGUAAUAUAAAUGCAGCUACGUUUAUUUUUGCUGGUGCUUUUUCAUUAUUGGUCAGAAGGAUAAUGUUAAUGGCAACAGAACCAUCUAUGAGUAUCAACAUUAUAGGCCCUACUCUUGGUUUAAUCGGAAUCCUGAGUAUUAUAAUAGGGUGCAUACUAAAUACACGUUCUUACAGCAGUAAGUUGGAAGACAUAAAAGUGACAGAAGGAAAAGCAACAGGAGCGGGAGUUAAUACUGUUAGUAGUAUAGGAUGCGCUGAGAAAAAAUGCAAUAAUAGUGAACUGGGCAAUUUUCCUAUCUAA